AUGGACUGGAACAACUGUGAGACGGGUACUGUUCGUAUUGAGAUGCCAGCUGUGCGUUUUGCCACUGUUACUCAAUACGGAUCUGGGUCAGAAACCCAAACGCUUACGCAGACGCACACUGGCUCUGAUAUGACUGAUACGGUCGUCGUCAUCCUUCCUCGCGUCACUUCCUAUGUCACUGUCACCAGUACAGGCACAGAUUCUACCACACAAAUAUUUACUCAGAGCCCUUCUGGGACUGGCAGAGUCGGGACAGUUGUUGUGGAAGUCCCGCCUAGUUAUGUCACGACUACUGUCACGGGUACAGGAACUGCUACAAGGACUUUCACCCAAUCGCCAACUCAACCGGGAGAAACUGGAACGAUUAUUAUUGAGCUACCUCCUGGUGCUAUACCCUACGUGACAAUCACAGUGACCGGCACAGGGACCGCAACUACGACCCGAACCACUACACAAACGCCUUCCAGGCCAGGCGAGACCGGCACAGUUGUUAUCGAAUUGCCUCCUGCGAUAAUUCCCUACAUAACAACCACUGUGACCGGUACAGGGAUCGCUACUGCCACUCGAACUUUGACACAGACCCCGACCCAGCCUGGUCAAACAGGAACAGUCAUAAUUGAGGUUCCUCCUAGUGCCACGCCAUACGUGACAACCACGGUUACAGGUACAGGAACUGCUAUCACGACUCGAACUCUGACCCAGACUCCAACUCAGGGUGGUCAGACCGGAACAGUGAUAAUCGAGGUUCCUCCCGUGGUAAUUCCUUACGUCACAACCACUGUGACGGGUACUAGAGCCGUCACUACCACUCGAACCUUGACUCAGACUCCAACUCAACCAGGCCAAACCGGGACAGUGAUAAUCGAGCUGCCCCCCAGUGCCACGCCGUAUGUAACGCUCACUAGCACUGGCACUGAGUCAUUUACCACGACCAUCACAUAUACGCCCACGGCGUCAGGUCAAACUGGAACUGUUGUCAUCCAAGUCCCUUCUUCAGCUAUUCCUUUUGUCACAACGACCUCAUAUGGAUCAAUAACAGCGGCCUACACAACUACUAUAAGCCCUACCCUUUCCGGUCAAACUGGUACUGUUGUUGUAUUCAGACCUCAGUCAUGGUUGACAACCACUCGCUAUGGAAGUGUCUCAGUGGCUUCUACCACAACUUUAAGCCCUGGAAAACCAGGCGACACAGGCACCGUCAUCAUCGAUAUUCCUCAGUCCUACACUACCAUUAUUCGCUACGGCAGUGUCACAGCUUCUUCAACAACAACACAGAGCCCUCGGAGUCAAGGAGAUCCAGGCACUGUUCUCAUUGAUCUACCACAGCCAUUCGUGACAACCACCCGUUACGGCAGCGUUUCCAUCUCUUCCAUAACGACUCAAAGUCCUCGUAACCCUGGUGAGACUGGCACCGUCUUGGUUGAUCUGCCUCAGCCGUUUAUCACGACGACUCGUUACGGGGGUGUGUCAGCCUCUACGAGAACCACCAAUGGCCCGCAGAAACCCGGAGAUACAGGCACAGUUAUCGUUGAUUUUCCUCAGCCUUUUACAACAGUGACUAGCUUCGGUUCCGUAACGGCUAUAACAAUAAGGACUCUGACUGGGUUUAGUCAAGGAUCUACUGGUACUGUUGUUGUUGAUAUGCCUCAACCUUUCACGACAGUAACAAGCUAUGGUGCUGUAACUUCAGCAACAACUAGAACUCUCACUGGUUUCAACCAAGGAGCCACUGGCACCGUUGUUGUUGAUAUGCCGCAGCCUCACACGACGGUCACUAGCUAUGGUGCUGUGACUUCUGCAACGACUAGGACCCUCACUGGGUUCAGCCCAGGAUCUACUGGGACUGUUGUUGUGGACCUGCCUCCUCCCUACACAACGAUUAUCAGGUACGGGAGCGUGUCUGCUCCGGCUACUCGAACGCAAACUCCAGCGUUUCCCGGACAGACUGGCACAGUAUUCGUCGACCUUCCUCAGACUUACACUACUGUAACAAGCUACGGCGGUGUAACUGUUGCUACAACAAAUAUCCUCACACCAGCAACAGCAGGUCAGACUGGCACAAUUCUUAUCAACCUUCCCAACCCUUUCACGACAGUCACCAGCUAUGGAACCGGAACUGUUACAGGGACCAGUAUUUUUAUGCCGGCUACACCAGGUCAAACUGGUACUGUUGUUAUUCACCUUCCCCAACCAUUCGCAACCACUACGAGAUUCGGUAGUGUCUCUGCACCAACAACUUCAACAUUCACACCAACUAGUCAGGGUCAAACCGGAACAGUUUUUAUCAACUUGCCUCAGCCAUUUGUAACUACGACUAGAUUUGGCAGUGUGUCGGUACCGAUAACCUCAACGUUCACGCCAACUGCUCCUGGUCAGACUGGCACAGUCUUGGUCAACUUGCCACAGCUAUUUACAACUACCACGCGAUUCGGUAGCGUCUCUGUACCAACGACUUCGACGUUGACGCCAGCUAGUCCAGGCCAGACCGGAACAGUCCUUGUCGACCUGCCUCAGCCAUUCGUAACUACUACGAGAUUCGGCAGCGUGUCCAUACCGAUAACUUCAACGAUCACACCAACUAGUCCUGGUCAGACCGGGACAGUCUUGGUCGAUCUACCACAGCCAUUUACUACGUUUACAAGGUUCGGAAGUGUCACGGCUUUUAGCACCACUACUAUGAUGCCUACCAGCCCGGGACAGACCGGUACUGUCUUCAUCGAUGCGCCGCAGCCCUAUACCACUAUCAUUCGUUAUGGAAGUGCUUCGGUUAGCUCUAUCACCACCCGAUCCCCAGCUGCGCCUGGUCAGACCGGCACUGUUUUCAUAGACCUUCCUGACCCCUAUGUUACCACCACAAGAUAUGGAAGCGUCACUGCAAGCAGCAUGACCAUUAAAGCACCUACGUCAGCAGGACAGACUGGCACUAUCAUCAUCGAUCUACCGAAUCCAUACGUCACCACCACACGUUAUGGAAGCGUGGCUGUCAGCAGUAUUACUACCAAAGAGCCUACUUCACCUGGCCAGACUGGCACCGUCUUGGUUGACCUACCGGAUCUGUACGUGACCACAACACGGUACGGAUUUGCGACAGCUAGUAGCAUUACUACCAAAGUGCCUACUUUGCCCGGGCAGACUGGAACCGUCUUGAUUGACCUGCCAAAUCCGUAUAUAACCACAACACGAUUCGGGAUUGUUUCCUUUAGUAGUAUCACUACUAAGACACCAGCAUCACCCGGGCAAACUGGCACUGUCAUCAUUGAUUUACCUAACCCUUAUCUGACAACUACUCGGUUUGGGAGUAUUACAAUUGGUAGCACUACUACUACACAGGCCCCAGCUGCACCGGGACAGACCGGCACUGUCAUUGUUGACCUUCCAGACCCAUACAUCACUACCACAAGAUACGGUAGUGUUUCUGAAAGCAGGGUCAUAACGCAAACUCCGACUUCACAUGGUCAAACGGGUACUAUUCUCGUCGAUCUACCGUUUUCGUACUUGACUACGACAAGAUAUGGAGUCAUUUCGGAUGGACGUAGUACUACUACCAAGGAACCAACAGCAGGCGGACAAACUGGAACCAUUGUUGUCGAUCUCCCUGAUCCUUACGAGACUUCUAUCAGAUAUGGAAUCAUCACUUCUGGCACUAGUACUACCACCAGGGCACCCUCCGGUCCAGGGCAAACCGGUACAGUGAUCAUAGACCUUCCUGACCCGUAUCAAACUACUACACGAUAUGGUGUCAUCACUGAGGGCAGUAGCAUGAGGAUCCAGGCACCGGCUUCGGCAGGACAAACUGGAACUAUCCUCAUUGACUUGCCUAACCCAUAUGUCACAACAACCCGGUGGGGAGGCAUCACUGGCAGCAGCAGCACAACAACACAGGCGCCAACGGUCCCGGGAGAGACGGGAACUAUUAUCAUCGAUCGUCCCAAUGCUUACACCACAACAACGAGGUUCGGGAACGUUGCAGGCAGCAGCACCACCGUCACUAUCACGCCAACAAGGCCUGGAGAGACUGGAACAGUUAUUGUGGACUAUCCCCAACCUUUCACGACUAUAGCUCGAUACGGACGCGUUACAGUCAGCACCGUUACAACUGAAGCGCCCACAGAACCAGGACAGACAGGCACGGUCAUCAUUGAUCUUCCACAACCUUUCACCACUACAACUAGAUUUGGUGUUGCCUCAGUGGCGGAGACGACCACCCAGAGCUUCCAGCCUGGUGAGACAGCAACAGUUCUCGUCGACUUACCCCAGUCUUUAACAACCACAACUCGAUACGGAAGUGUCACCAUCGCUCAAACAACAACGGAAACCUUUGCUCCAGGUCAGACUGGAACCGUCAUCGUGGAUCUUCCUCAGCCUUUUACAACAAUUACUCGAUAUGGAAGCGUCACAGCCAGCGAGAUGACGACACAGUCUUUUAACCCGGGUGAGACAGCAACAGUAGUCGUCGACCUACCUCAAGCGUUCACAACUGUUACCCAGUAUGGAAGUGUGACUCUCGGCCAAACAACUACAGGGCUUUUCAGCCCAGGUGAGACGGCAACUGUCUUUGCGGACCUCCCCCAGCCGUUCACCACCACCACUCGUUAUGGAAGUGUUACUGCUAGCGAAAUGACCACACAGUCAUUCAAUCCUGGUGAGACCGGAACUGUCAUCGUUGAUCUUCCACAACCGUUUACAACUGUUACUCGAUAUGGAAGCGUGUCUGUCAGUACAAUGACCACACAAUCAUUCAAUCCUGGCGAAACUGGCACUGUCUUUGUGGAUCUCCCUCAACAUUUCACUACUACGACUCGAUACGGAAGCGUGACAGUUAGUGAGAUAACGACACAGCCUUUUAGUUCAGGCGAAACAGGCACUGUUAUUCUGGAUUUACCUCAACCAUUUACAACUGUGACUCGUUAUGGCAGUGUCACAGCAAGUGAAAUUACGACUCAAUCAUUCGUGCCAGGCGAGACAGGAACGGUCAUUGUUGACCUUCCUCAGCCAUACACGACUACCACUCGCUAUGGUGUGUUCCAGGGCAGUGAUCCGAACGGCGUAACGCAAACGGAAACGCCGCAAGCCCCUGGGGAAACAGGCACCGUCAUCGUUGAUCUUCCCCAACCUUACACAACAGUGACCCGUUAUGGGCUCGUUGAUACUGACCAUGAAACAACGACAACUGAGUCCCCGACUAUCGCAGGGCAGACAGGCACUGUUGUUGCCAAUCUUGCCCAACGAUACGUGACUACUACUCGCUACGGCUCGGUUGAUCAGGCCCACGAAACGACACAAACGCAGGGACCUUCCAGUCCAGGCGAUAACGGCACGGUUCUUGUUGACUUAGCCCAGCCCUACGUAACAGUCACAAGAUACGGUUCGGUUGAUACUGAUCACGAAACAACCACAACGGUAUCAGCGACUGUCCCAGGGCAAACGGGCACCGUCAUCGCAGAUCUCGCCCAACGGUAUAUAACCACAACCCGCUACGGAAUAGUCGAUCAGGCCCACGAAACCACUAUGACAGAGUCGUUAGCUGGCCCAGGACAAACAGGGACGGUUAUCGUUGAUCUCGCCCAGCGAUAUGUAACCAGCACUCGCUACGGUUCGGUCGAUAUUUCUCAUGAAACGACAGAAACCCGACCGGCUAGUGCUCCCGGGGACACUGGAACUGUCAUCGUGGACCUCGCUCAGCGAUAUGUGACCACGACCCGCUACGGGUCAGUUGAUCAGGCCCACGAAACCACACAAACCCAAGCCCCCACCUCUGACGGAGAGACUGGUACUGUCGUCGUUGAUCUCGCUCAGAGAUAUGUGACAACAACACGCUACGGUUCAGUUGACUUUGCUCACGAGACGACACAAACCCAAGCUGCCAGUGCUCCCGGCGACACCGGUACGGUCAUUGUCGACCUUGCCCAGCCAUACGUAACUACAACUCGUUUUGGCUCAGUUGAUAAGGCUCAUGAGACAACACAGACUAUUGAUCCUAGUACUGCCGGGGACAAUGGCACCGUGAUCAUCGAUCUUGCCCAACCAUAUGUAACUACAACCCGUUUCGGUUCCGUCGAUCAGGCCCAUGAGACAACACAGACCGUAUCCCCUAAUGUUCCAGGUGACAAUGGCACUAUCAUCGUGGACCUUGCCCAACCAUACACCUCAACCACUAGGUACGGCUUAGUCAGCGUUGGCGCCGAGACCACUCAGACACAGGCACCCUCAGUACCUGGGGAGACCGGUACCGUUAUCGUUGAUCUUGCCCAACCCUAUACGACGACGACUAGAUAUGGAUCAGUAGACAUUAGUGGUGAGACUACGCAGACUCAGACGGCUGCUCACGCUGGUGACACUGCAACUGUGCUUGUCGACCUCGCGCAGCCAUACACAACGACUACUCGCUACGGUCUAGUGCAAGCUAGUCAAGAGACUACUCAAACACAGUCCAUCGCUAACCCAGGCGACACCGGAACCGUCAUUGUUGAUCUGGCCCAGCCUUAUUCAACCACGACCCGAUACGGGUUGGUCGAUGCGUCCGGCGAGACCACACACACACAAACCCCGAGCAACCCAGGAGAGACAGGUACCGUUUAUGUCGACCUUGCUCAGCCCUACUACACAACAACCCGAUAUGGGCAGGUUAGCGCAGGUGGUGAGACGACUCAAACACAAACAGCUAGCAACCCAGGAGAUACAGCUACGGUUUUGGUUGAUCUUGCUCAGCCUUAUCUGACAACAACCCGAUACGGGCAGGUAAGUGUCGGAGGGGAAACAACGCAGACACAGACACCUACUUCUCCCGGUGGAACGGGCACAGUUCUCGUCGAUCUAGCUCAACCUUAUGUCACAGCAACUAGAUACGGACAGGUCAGCGCAGGUGGCGAAACAACACAGACCCAAACUCCUAGUGCCCCUGGCGAGACAGGCACAGUUUUUGUUGAUCUUGCCCAACCUUAUCUGACAACAACCCGAUACGGGCAGGUCAGUGCAGGUGGCGACACAACUCAGACACAGACGCCUACUGCUCCUGGGGAGACAGGCACCGUUCUCGUUGACCUAGCUCAACCGUAUAUUACAACGACUAGAUACGGGCAGGUUAAUGUAGGUGGCGAAACAACACAGACCCAACCACCCACUGUGCCCGGCGAGACUGGUACUGUUCUUGUGGAUCGGCCUCAGCCUUAUGUCACAACCACUAGAUAUGGACAGGUUGAUGUAGGUAGUGACACAACACAGACACAGACACCUACUGUAGCCGGUGAGACAGGCACAGUUCUCAUCGAUCGACCUCAGCCUUAUGUCACAACAACUCGUUACGGCAUGGUCAAUGUCGGUAGCGACACAACACAAACGCAGUCAGCUACUGCUCCUGGUGAGACCGGCACAGUUGUGGUAGACCAUCCACAGCCUUAUGUAACUGUCAUGCGCUACGGAAUGGUCACGGCCAGCACGAUGACAACUGAGUCGCCUAGUGUUGCUGGAGACACAGGAACUGUUAUCGUCGACUUACCCGAGUCCACCGUCACCGUCACGGAACUUUACACAGGGACCGAUACCAUCACAGGGCCAACCACCGUCACCACUAUUCCGGCGUCUGGGUCAGCUCCUGGCACAGUCAUCGUAGCAACACCGCCUACACGACCGGUCACUAUCACAAGAUUCUACACUGGAACAGAGACUCUGACAGGACCUACUACGGUCACCACAAUGUCUGGUUCAGGAACCGAUCCAGAUACAAUCAUCGUGGAAACUCCCCCUGCUACGAGCACGCGCUUUUACACUGGUAUUGAGGUCUUGACUGGUCCAAGAACGGUAACAACCAUCACACCCACUGGCACCGAGGCGGGUACGGUUAUCGUGGAAACGCCCCCUGUCACCAGCACGCGCUUCUAUACUGGAACAGAGACCUUUACUGGCGCAAGGACAGUUACAACUAUAACACCCACAGGUACUGAGGCAGGCACCGUUAUCGUCGAAACACCACCAGUUACAAGUACACGCUUCUACACCGGCACAGAGACUUUAACUGGGCCAAGAACAGUCACCACCAUCACACCUACUGGUACUGAGGCAGGUACAGUUAUCGUGGAAACACCACCAGUUACGAGUACCCGUUUCUAUACUGGCUCGGAAACUCUGACGGGCCCAAGGACGGUAACAACCAUUACGCCUACAGGCACAGAGGCCGGAACCGUAAUUAUCGAGACACCGCCAGUAACAAGUACACGUUUCUACACUGGUACCGAAACCUUGACGGGUCCAAGGACUGUAACAACUAUCACACCUACUGGUACGGAGGCCGGAACAGUAAUUGUUGAGACGCCACCUGUGACAAGCACCCGACGGUAUACUGGUACCUCAUCUUUGACCGGUCCAAUCACUGCAACGACAAUCACUCCGACUGGAACUGAAGCUGGAACAGUCAUCAUCGAAACACCAACUCCUACCGUCACAAGCACAAGAUCAUACACUGGUACAAACGUCUUGGGAGGACCAACGACAGUCACUACAAUUUCGCCUACUGGUACCGAAGCUGCCACGGUUGUUGUCGAAACUCAGCCACCCCAAUAUGUAACCAGUACUAGAGCAUACACUGGUACAACAUCCCGAGCGACCGCCAUGACAGUCUCAACAGUUCAGCCCUCAGGAACUGUUCCUGGCACAUACAUAGUCGAAACACCCACUCCUCCCCCAUCUUUCAGCUGUGACGAGGGAGGAUAUCUGAUCCAAGUGACGACUCUAUAUCGACUAAACCUGGUCAGCGGUGUGAACAGCCAAGUCGCUACCGGCAUCGGACCAGGAGGAAUCAUCAACCCCAUCACCUACAAUAUCAUCGACGACCUUAUCUAUGGUAUUGUCCAGAUCGGUAAUGCCACUGUUCCAAGGAGUCAAGUCAUUCGCAUUGGAAGCACCGGAUCUUACACUUUGAUGGACACAAUCAUUGAUGGCAACUGGAACAGUGGAGAUACAGACGAUAACGGUUAUUUCUGGAUUGCUCAGUCUGGUAGAGCAUGGGCCAAGAUCGAUGUUGAUCCAAGACGAUCCACCUACGGAACAGUACUAGCAAGAGGAACCGCAUCACCAACAAAUGGUAUCGCAGAUUGGGCAUUUGUUAAGAACGGCGGUCGUUAUCUCUAUGGCCUCCAGUCAGCUGGUACCAGCAGUUCCAAGACAGGCGUGGCUAGAUUCAGUCUCGAUACUCAACAGUGGGAGUUCCUUCACGAUCUUGGGUUCAUUUCUGGUACCAACACUUGGGGUGCCGUUUAUGCUGUUGGACCGAUGCUCAUCUACGCGUCUGAGAAUACUUCAGGUGUUAUUUAUCGGUUCAAUCUUGCGACGUAUGAGAAAUCGUUGGUCGUCCAAGGUCCCAAGACAUCUACGAACGAUGGUGCUCGUUGUAUCAACGCUUCGCCACCAGGAUCAGGAUCGUAG